UUCACAGUCAAAUUACCCCAAAACAGUAUCCAUCCAAUCUCCUGAGUAAUGCCUGAUUUCGUGAAGGAAAAUGAACUGGUUAAGUCGGAGGUUGGCGAGCAACCAAGACAAGGAAAAGCAGAUCCAGAAGAGGGUCUUGCUGGGGAAAACGAGGAAAGGAAGACUUUGAGAGAUCAGUUGAAAGAGUCAAGAGAACAAAAAUAUAAAGAGUAUCAGGAAAACCUAGAGUCACGUAAUUCUUCGUACAAGCUAGAUGAAAAAUCUGCAAGAUUUUAUGAUCAAUUGAAAACUAAAGCAAAAGAAGAUGAAAUGAAGGCCAAAGACGAGGAAAAAGAGCAGUUGUCGAGGUACAGGGCCUUGAAAAGAAAUCAGGACCAGCAAAAGCAUCAACCCCCAUUGGCAAAGCCUAUUCUGACUCCAGAGAACACUAAAAUAUCUUUUAAGAAACGUAAGGUAAAGUCUCCUACAAUUGAGUCCGCUGAACCCAACAAUAACAACAAGGACUCCAUUCAAAUAUCCAACCUUCUCAAUGGAUAUAGCUCUAGUGAAAACGAGUCCAGUUAGUCUGAUUAGCCUUAAUGGAAGUAAGGCCGGACCUGGGGUAUGAAAUAUUGAUACGGCGGUCGUGCGAGUGUUAAUAUAUCAUGAAGAGAAAAAUUCUGAAAGAAAAAAAUUUGACUUACUCGGAAUAAGAUCUAAUAGGUUUGAAAAGGUUUAGAGGUCAGCUGCACAAGCCUAGUGAUACGGAGCUCAAUAUGUUUGGAAAUCUUCUCGAAUCGGCAUCAAGAAUAAUAUUUGCCAAAAAGCCGGCCAUGAACGUCUUGCUUCAAACAAGAACUAAGAUCAAAACUAAUAAGUCUGCUGCUAAAAGACUUAUAAGAACAAGUACUGGUCUUAAGGCAAGAUCGGGACAUAGAAAUCAUGGUAAUGGUAAAUUUACUCCUCGUUCCAUGAAUCAUUUCGAUGGUACUCAUUUGAUUUCAGAUAAAGGUCAAAAAGUC